AUGUAUUCAGAUCAAGACGGCUGGGCUACAGCUCAGUCACAAGCUGUCUAUAGUUCGCGAAUUCGACUGCUGUUGUCCUUGACUUCUGUGUUGUCCUGGCUCGGGUUCGGCGCUGCACUGUUAGAAGGGCAAUAUGCGGCGCCAAUUCAAACAAACACUUUGGAAUGGAGCAAAUAUCUAUGGCCUCUUCUCUCCUGCCACAGCCUCAGCCUGCAUUGGGUAGACAACCCGAUCCAGCUUUAUAGCGGCGCGCUGAGGGGCCUAUGCUUAUCAGCCCUAAUUGUGCUAUCUAUUCUUUGCAUGAAUGCUUUCAAUUGUGAAUAUUCGCUUCUAACUUUGUCUUUGCCAUCGUUGCAACUGUAUGCGGCAGCGCUUGCAGCUAUUAUCCAGUCGCUGUUCCCUCGCCGCCCGAAUCUCUUUACACCAGAGGGCAAGGCUGUGGAUACUGAGGGCAGCGCAUCUGCUCUUAGCAAAUAUACGCUGCAAUGGUGCACAGAUGCUCUUGUUCGGGCUGGUAAACCGGUCUCCCUCCGCGAACUCCCAGCCUUGAACUUUACCACAAGAUCAAAAAGCCAGCCACUGCUUGGGUUGGAUAUGGGAAAAGCUAGCCUGUGGAGCCAAAUUGUGCAUCAGCGUUCUUUUGGACUCGCUAAGCAGUGGACUUUGAUGCUUUUGCGGUCGGCAGUAUCUUUCGGCUCUCCGUAUUGCACCAUGAGAUUGCUGAACAGCUUAGAAGAUAGCCAUGGCCGGACCGAUGCCGCAUGGAUUUGGCUGGCUGGCCUUGGUAUCUUCUCCUUCAGCCAAACAAUGAUCAAUUAUCAUUUGGUGUGGAUCCAGUGGUCAGAAAUGGGCAUCCCGGUUCGAGCACAGCUGAUCAUGAGCAUCUUCCACAAAGCCCUUAGAUUGAAGGAUGACAGAGCUCAAACAGAGAAGAGCAGCAAAAAGCCUGGUAAAAAGGGUACUGCUUCUUCAGCUAAGCCUGAGGCGCUUAAUCUCCUCUCGUCAGAUACAGUAUCCUUCAGCAAAUUUACGGCUGUCAAUUACAUUAUUCCUUCAUUAUUCGUGCGAUUCGUCUUUGCUAUUAUAUUCCUUGUGGAGCUGCUUGGGUGGCAGAGCACCCUGGUGGGAAUGACAGCCACAUUGGCUUGUAUACCAAUACAUGCACACGUUGUGAAACAACAGCGUAUUGCUAAGAAAAAUCUCACAGCAGCGCGCGAUAAAAAGACAGAGGUCAUUAGCGAAGCCAUCAAUUCUCUUCGGCAGAUCAAGUUCUCUGCCUCGGAGGCCCAGUGGGAAGAAUAUAUCGGCAUAUAUCGGCAACAGGAGAUCGAACACAUUCGCCGGAAUUUCACAGCUGGCAAUGUCAAAUCGGCUUGGGGGGUUGCAGCUCCAUUCAUAGUUGCAGGGGCGUCAAGCUUCGCCUAUAUGUGUCUUCAUGGCGCUCUUGCGCCGUCUAUUAUAUUCCCGAUGAUUGAACUGUUGCCUCAUCUCGAGGGGACCCUGGGUUUUGCUCCAUUUGUCCUGCAAGAUUACUUCGGCGCUAGAUCAAAUGCUGAUAGAAUGGAAUACUAUCUCAGGAAGAAAGAACACAAGAAUGUUUUGGAUGGAAGCCCAUCUGGCGGUGUUAUCUUUCGGAAUGCUUCUGUUACCUGGCCAUCUGCUGCUGAAUCUGAUAAUAACGACGACACGCCUUCUCAUCACUUUUCCCUCCAUGGACUAAGUCUAGAGUUCCCUGUCGGAGAGCUGAGCAUUAUUACAGGAAAGACAGGAUCCGGGAAGAGUCUACUGCUUAAUGCUAUCCUUGGAGAAGCCGACAUCCUCAAUGGCCAUAUUCAAGCUCCAUCAAUGAGUGACGGGCAACCCGUGGCAUUUGUUUCCCAAUCUCCAUGGCUUCAAAAUGCCACGAUCAAAGAAAAUAUACUAUUCGGUUCUCCGUUGGACAAUGAAAGAUACGAAAAGGUCCUAGCAGCCUGUUCAUUGAAGCCUGACAUUGCGCUUUUGGAAAAAGGGGAUGAGACCAUGAUAGGACUACGGGGCCUCAAGCUUAGUGGAGGUCAGCGCGCUAGGGUGGCCCUUGCUAGGGCCUUUUACUCUAGUGCUAGGCUUUUAGUCCUGGACGAUGUAUUCUCAUCUCUAGAUGCACAUGUCGCAAAUGACAUUCUGGUUGCACUCACUGGUGAUAUUGGUGCAGGGCGUACUCGGAUUUUGGUAACGCACCAGGUGUCAUUAUGCUUGCCAAAGGCCAAAUACAUUGUUCACAUUCAGAAUAAUACCAUAGAUUAUGCAGAUGAUCCGGAAUCUGUUGGAAGAAAGCAAGGCCUACUUAAAGCGGAGAAGGCAUCAAAUGCUGAACAUCCUACUGCAUUACGACCAGCAGUGCAGGAGAACAACAAAAUAGACGCCGUCAAAAAACUUACAAGGCCCAAAGUUCACCAUGACCCCAAGACAAAGAAAGCCAAAAAAGCAAGGUCAGAUUUGAAAGUCUCUUUGUUGGCAACUCUAUCAGAAUCACUCUUCAAGAUGCAUGCUGCCUCUGGUUCGAUGCGUGCGUCAGAGAGUCUGUUCCGUGAGAUGACUUUCAGAGUCCUUCGAAUGCCUCUCGUCUGGCUGGACGCUACACCAACUGGUACUAUGCUGAAACGGUUCACCUCGGAUACUAGAAUGGUUGACGACUCGGUAUUUGAUACUAUAUCUGAGUUCGCCUACUGCCUUGUGAAACUUGGGAUAGUCAUCGGUAUUGGGCUUUAUUCCUCAAAAUAUACGGUCCUUUUAACAAUCGCCGUACUUUGCUGGUGUGUCCAAGUUAGCUCUGCCUACAUCAGAGCUCGUACAACCGUGAGACAUGCAGACUCAAAGCCAAAUGCUGACAUCCUUGAACACUUCACUGCUUCAGCAGCCGGAGUGAGCACUAUUCGGGCAUUCGGUGUUGCAAGCAUGGCCAUUGAGAAAAUGCAUCAGCACAUUGACGAACUUUCAACUGCCAGACGCCACUUCUGGGUCUUUAAUCGCUGGCUUGGCCUUCAAAUGUCAUUUGCAGGUAUCCUCUUUAGCUUGGGCACUGGGAUCAUUCUCUUGUCAUCUAGCUCUACCGUUGAAGCAUCCUCAGUAGGGUUUGCUCUGGCAUUUUCUACGAAGUUUUCCAAAACGAUCUUCAACGUUGUUGAUAAGUUUGGGGUACUCGAGACCCAUAUGGAUGCAGCUGGAGCACUGAUAGGGUAUUCAGAGCUCGAGAACGAACAACAAGAUGGUGGCAGUGAAGAAAUAAAUGCCAAUUGGCCAGAAAGAGGAAAGGUCGAGGUUAAAAAUCUCAAUGUAGCCUACCCCCCCGGCCUUCCCCUUGUGUUGAAAGAUGUAACUUUCAACGUUGAUCCUGGCACGAGAAUCGCUAUUGUUGGUCGCACUGGUGCUGGGAAAUCAUCAUUGGCGCUGUCACUGUUACGACUGCUUGUGCCUCAAGAUGGCUCUAUUUGGAUCGACGACAUUGACAUUUCUACCAUAAAAUUACAACGACUUAGAUCCAAGAUCACGUUCAUUCCUCAGGAUCCGAUUCUAUUCUCGGGAACAGUGCGGUCAAAUCUCGAUUACUUUUCGCACUUUUCAGACAACAGACUCACUGAAGUUUUACGGCAUGUAAAGCUGCUACCAUCUGACGAGAAAUCGGCUGGGCCGUUCAGUCUCGAUUCUACCAUCAGCGCGGGUGGUUCGAACAUAUCACAGGGAGAAAGACAGCUCUUUUGUCUUGCGCGUGCAUUGCUCAAAAAUAGUAGGAUAAUUGUCCUAGAUGAAGCUACCUCUGCGAUUGAUACUAAGACGGAGUCCUUCAUCCGAGAGGAAAUCAUGUCUGAAUUCAGUGGUACCCUGAUUGUUGUGGCCCACCGAUUGAGCACUGUCGCACGUUUCGACCAUAUCAUGGUGAUGAGUGAUGGAAAGGUGGUAGAGAGUGGAGCGCCUGCGAAGCUUUUGAAGGCCCAGGGCUCGUUCUAUGAUCUGGUUAAACAUAGCGAGGACAAGGAAUCUUUGACAGAGACAAUCUUGAAUUCGAAGACAUAG